AUUUAUCUCAAGAUAACGAAAAUAAUGAUUACUUACCUCAAUCAAUUAGUUAUACCAAUGAAAGUGAAGAGAAUAACUUAGAACUUAUACAUACUGAUAACAAUUAUUCGAAUAUGGAAUUAGAAAUCUUAGCUAAAAGACAAAAUGAUAAUAGCUUUAAUGAAACUGAUAAAAGUGAAAGUGGGAUGAAUGAGUCUGAAAUUGCUAAUAAACCACCAACUAAAGAGUGGAAAAAAAUAGGUAGAUGUAAAGUUUUAGUUCCUGGCAAUAAAGAAGCUAAAAGUAAACAUAAAUGUAGAGUUCUAGUUCAUACUCAAGAAUCAACAACAAAUUUUGCAAGCCAUUUACUUACACAUGGACUU